AUGCUCAUCAAAUCUUACCCGGGUGGUGCGGCAGUCAAUGGGUCGUUAUUGAUUACGUUCCUGAUUACAUUUUUGCUCAUCACUUUCCACAUUCCUGCGUCAAAGUCCUUCAUCCGGCUGACCGGAGUCUUGGCUCUCGCGAGCUUGACUUACGCGCUCCAGCUCGCGUCUAGUGAGUGGAUCGCCAAUCCUCACUGGCGUUCCGCAAUCGUUCCACUUUUAUGGAUUCAGUUCAUGAGUGCCUCUGAGCUUGUCCUAGUCAGAAGGUGGGAUGGCAUCUGGGAACCGGACGCCCGCACCAAGAGCAUAGCUGGGUUCGCCCCAUCUUCCGCGUCUCCCGCGGCCCGAACGUACGAAUCUGUGAUGCUGCUUUGGAAGCUCAGACGAAUCGGCACGAGGUGGCAGGUCAGAAAUGUUCCUGGAUCACAACAACGGUCUCCACACCCCCCAGAGAGCCGGGUCGCAUUCAUCUUGAAACGAUCUCUCAAGAUCCUGGUUGCCUACCAGGUGCUUAGCCUCAUGACGCAGGCCCCGCCUCCGGACCCGAAUUUUGUCGGUCGCGACAAACAAGCGCUGGCGUUUCAGGGUCUCGUCAGGCUGUCGCAAGCGGACAUCAUAUUCCGCAUUAUUGGGACCCUGUCGUUCUGGGCCUGCACCGCUCUCAUAAACCUACUGAUGUUCGAAAUUACUUGUCUCGGGUUCGUUGUCGUUUUUCUAUGCAAGGUCGAGGACUGUCCUCCACUUUAUGGGGAUUUCUCGUCUGCCUCGACCAUUAGGGGCUUCUGGGGGACCUCAUGGCAUCAAUGUCUGCGCAGUGGGCUCACAGGUCAUGCCGAUGUCAUUGUACACCACAUUUUCCCAUUUCGGCAAAGACUGGUUUCUAGAUACCUUCGUAUCUUUAUCUCUUUUUUCAUUUCUGGUCUGAUUCAUCAUGCUUCUGACAUGGCAAUGGGAAUGACAGCAGAGAACGCUGGUGCUUUUACCUUCUUCUUGUUGCAGCCGAUUGGAAUCAUCGCUGAAGAUGCUAUCCAGGCUAUCUCGAAACAAGUGCCAUUGUGUCAAAUCACAUUUGUUGCGAUUCCCUUCGAUGCAGUCUAUCUGACCGUGGUCUAUGAUUUUCCGUGGAAUCAAUCCUACUCGUCAACUCCAUCCCGCAAAGUUCUCAACAUGAUCAAACACCUCUAUCGUGCGGCUUCUAUCGCGCUGCAGUCGCCUAUCCUGGCGUUCAUACUUCUCACCUCUGCGCUUCUCUAUUACAUCUACUUGAAAGGCUUCCCAAGACCUCUCACUGGGAUUCCAUACAACGAGAGCGCUCUGAAAAGCUUCUUGGGUGACCUCCCUGCUUUCCAGCAUGCAAGAACCCACGGGAAAGGCUUUACUGUGUGGAUGCGCGACCUGGCUCAGAAACAUAGGUCACCAAUGGUUCAGGUCUUUCUGGGCCCAUACACACCGCCAUGUGUGGUUCUGUUUGACUAUCGUGAAAGUUACGACAUUGUAGCACGGCGAACAAAGGAGUUCGACCGUUGCCGAAGGGAUGCAGAAACCAUGUCCACAAUCUUACCUGAGCAUCAUCUUUCGAUGGUGUCAACUGACGCCAGGUUCAAAGGCAACAAGGACUUGGUGAAGGAUUUGAUGGCCCCAGGAUUCUUAAGCGAGGUUUCUGCGCCCGAGAUUUAUAGCAAAGCGCUAUCUCUCAUAGAGCUGUGGAGUGUGAAGAGCAAAUGGGCCGCAGGCCGUCCGUUCGAAGCCCAUCACGAUCUUCAGAACGCUGCUUUGGACAUCAUCAUGUCUGCUGCAUUUGGCGAGACAAGCAAUGGCGGUGUUCUCCGGCAGCACAUACUCCAGGAAACAGGCCAUAGGCCCUUUCUAGUGCCAACAGAUCUGAAAGAGCCAGCAUGCUUCAAGAGUCUUGGGCUUCCUACUGAGUACCAGGCUACUGUUGAUAUCACGCACUUUAUGGGCAGGGUUGUCACGUCGCCCUUCCCGAAACAGUUUGCAUGGCUGUUGAAAACUUUUACGAGUGUGAGCAAUGUAUUUGUGAAGAAGGACCACUUCAUCAGGAGCCAGAUUCAAAAGGCAGUAGCAUCGCUGAGCGACAAAUCGCUCCAAGGAGAGAAGGCAGCCAAAUCAGCUUUAGACUUCAUCGUCCUGCGAGAAGUGACAGCAGCCAAGAAGUCUGGACGCAAACCCUCAUUCACUUCAAAGAGAUUGGAAGACGAGUUGCUUGGAUACAUCGUCGCGGGUCAUGAAACGUCUGCGUCCAUCUUAUCUUGGGCUGUGAAGUUUCUCGCCGACAACCAGAAACAACAGCAUACAUUGCGCAGACACCUCCAGGCAGUUUAUCCAGCUGCUGUCAAAGAGAAGAGACAGCCAAGUGUAACCGAACUCACAAAGGUUGCAGCUCCGUAUCUCGAUGCCUUCCUGGAAGAGAUAUUGCGACUCUCACGGACAGCUUCAAUUCUAACACGCGAGGCUGUUACUGAUACUAUCGUGAUGGGGAAGUUCGUGCCGAAAGGUACCACGAUCUUCAUCUUCACACAAGGGGCGAGCUACGUUCAGCCGUCUCUGGGCGUUGACGAACAAGUGAGAAGUAGGACUUCGCAAGAAGCCAAGCGAGUCCCAGACUGGCUUUCCGACGAUGUAGGAAAGUUCUGUGCUGGGCGCUGGCUUGUACCAAAGACGGGAGCGAGCGGGUUCAGCGAAGAAAGCGUCGGAAAAGAAGACGGCUGGACUUUGUCUGAUUUUGAUUUUGAUCCUCAAGCUGGGCCAAUCUUGACAUUUGGCGGUGGGCCAAGAGGAUGCUUUGGCAGACGUCUCGCCUAUCUUGAGUUGCGCAUGGUUCUUGCGUUGCUUGUGUGGAAUUUUGCUUUCAAGCCAUGCGUCGACAAUCUUAGCACCUAUGAGCUCAGGGAGAGCAUAACUGUAGAACCCAAGGAUUGCUACGUCAACCUUCAGACUUUAGAUAGCAUGUAG